UAUCUGUUUUUCGAAACGGCCGUUAUUCGCGACGCGGCGUCAGAUUCGAUCAGAUUUAACCGAGAUUUUUUAUUCGAAUGACGGUGACGCGUGGUUUCGCGGGCGAAGUACAUAAAUUAUUUGCGAAUGUCGUAAAAUAUCGUCGAUCGCAAGUACCAUCGCGAGUUCUCAAGUCGCGGCCGCCACGUGUGAUGGUUAUCGAUCGCGACUCGGCCGGUUUAACCGCGAAAUUCCGGAUUCGGAAUGGUCGCGUGUAAUUUUCCAAACGGCCAGUUUCAAAAUGGAGUUGGGCAGAUCUCCGUUGUUACGUCUUGAGACAAUGCGGGCCCCGGAGGGAUUCGAACCCUCGAUCUCCUGUUUACUAGACAGGCGCUUUAACCAACUAAGCCACGGCGCCGUUGGAGAAACGCCCAAACAACAGUCCAAACACAAGGAUGAAGCACGCGAUUGGAACGACAUGGAAAGGAGUAAGGCUCAACAAGGUGCAACGAUCUGUAAGAUUACAGCGUCUGAGAUUUGAAGGAUCGUAAAGUGAUUCAAUCGUUUCGUUGUGAUGUCAGAUCCAUAACAGGGGCGACGUACAAAGGGAUGCUGAAACAUCGCGGACAUCGUGGUGAAAUCUGCAAGCCAAAGAGUAGGACGGCCGUAGCAAGAAACGUGGAGAAAUUAAAAUCACGUGAAGUAACCGUUUGAAGGACGACGCUGCCAGAAUAUUAAUGUAACGUUCGACUUGACGGAACGAAUUAUGCUACGCCGAGAACUGUCAGCACGCCAAUCUACUUGGGCUUUCGGAUAUAUUUCGCAACUGUACUGUAGGCAACGGAAAUUUAUAGAAAGAUGCGAUUUACGCGACUGAUCCCGUUUUGAUGGCUGAUAGAUGGUGAUAAAUUGCUUAGCGAUGCCAAAACGCAACGCUGUUUAACUACAUCGCAUUUAUUACGUCUCGUCGCAAAUAUGUUAAAACAAAGGAUGAUCAUUAUAUAUCUAUGACCGUCGAGUAACAUGAAAGUGCGAACAGAUGCCAAAAUAUGUUCCGAGAUCAUGUACCGUCGCGAAUAAAUAUUUUGUCGCGGCAUCGCGAUGGAUAUUCAUCCGUCAUCGCGUUUCGCCUUUGCAUUCUGUUCUGAAUCAAUAUUGUUCAAGUUAACUAGAAAUAUCCACUGCGCGAAUGUAUUAUGAAACCUCUCUAUUCUCGUAACGCUGAUACCCUACAUAAAUUUGUCCUUUGCGAU